AUGCCAGGAGUGCUCAUUGUUUCUGGGAAUCUGUCCCUGCUUUCAGCCUUGGUGCUGGGGCUGGUGAGGUUUCCCAAUAAAGCAAACAGAAGCAGUAGCAUUCUCAGUAAAGACCACCCCCCUGACAAGAAACCCAAAAGUGAUAAACCGGCAGUCUCCUGUUCACAUGAGUUUGACCCUACAGACGUUCUGGUGCAGAAGAGUGGCUGUGUUCUAGUGGAGGGGAAGCCCGAGUCCUGUGGGCUUGUCCAGCGAUGUGUGAUCAUUCAGAAAGAUGAGAAUGGCUUUGGGCUGACGGUGAGCGGAGACAACCCAGUGUUUGUGCAGCUCGUCAAGGAAGAUGGCGCUGCGGAGCGUGCGGGUGUACAGACAGGUGACCGGAUCAUCAAGGUGAACGGGACCCUAGUAACACAUUCAAACCACGUGGAAGUAGUAAAGCUCAUCAAAUCGGGCUCCUAUGUGGCCCUCACGGUGUUGGGGCGACCCCCUGGGUUGCCCCAGAUCCCCCUGUCGGAGAGCGAGGCUAAGCUGGGGUUCCCGGGGCCCCAGGCUGGGUCGUCCCCCGUCACCUCUCCAAACGCUCCUGGACAGCCAACGGGGGAGCGCCCAUACAGCCCCCAUGACCGCAUCACCUCUCCUCUAUGGGAAGAGAACAACAGCGUACACAGCCAAAAGGUGGACAUCCUGCAGAAGAUGUUGUCCAAGGAGCAACAAGAUUUGCAGGCAAUGAAGGAGGAGUACAGCAGGAAUCCGACGCCAAAACUACUGAAGGACAUCCAGGAAGCCAAGAAGCACAUUCCACAGCUGCAGGGGCAGCUCAGUAAGGCCACUGGAGGAGCACAGGAUGCCCUGCAAUUGGGUGACGGAGAUGACGGUAGCAUGGUGGACAUGGACCACACACCUUCCUCCAGGGGGGACAGUAGCAAUGACCUCUCGUGGAGCAGCAGUACCAUGUCCCCUGUUCUCCGCAGUUUUGCACCUGCCUCCCCGGAGAGCCUGUGCCAAAGAGACAUGUUGUCCUACCACAGCCCAAAGAGCACGCCCCGAGACAGCUUCAACUCCUGCCACUCCCCCGACCCAGAAGACACUCCAGACCUGGACUCGCUGUCCCCCUCUGCUGUUAUCAGCCCUUCCUCACGCUUUGUCUCCCAGAUCAUCGGAGCUGAGGACGACUGCUUUGACUCUGAUCAAGAACAGGUCAAUGGCCAGUGCAGCUGUUUCCAGAGCAUGGAGCUGCUCAAGUCCAGACCUGCCCACCUGGCAGCGUUCCUGCAUCACGUCGUCUCGCAGUUUGACCCUGCACCGCUGCUCUGCUACCUCUUCGCUGACCUGUGCAAGCAAACUAACUCCAAAGAAACCAGACGAGUGUUCAUGGACUUCCACAACUUCUUCAUCGACCGGGGAGCUAAUUUAAAAGUAGCUGUUCCCGAGUCCAUCUCCCUUGACCUUGACCGGCGGAGGACGGAGCUGAUCCCUGAGGAGCUGAACCGACAGUUAGUCCAGAUGAUGCAGGACACCCUGCUCCCUGACAUCCAGAGGAACCUGGAGGACUUCAGGCAGAAGCGCAGUAUGGGCCUAACCCUGGCGGAGGGGGAACUGGCCCGGCUGGACACGGAGCGCGUCAGAGACCGGGUAGCACUGGAGAGAGAACGCUCCUGUGCUGAAAACAUCAUCACCAAGAUAGAGGAUGUCCUGUUGACAACCCAAUCCACAGAGGAGGAGAAAUGCACUACUAUGCAGUAUGUCAUCCUCGCGUACAUGAAGCACCUUGGAGUGAAAGUCAAAGAGCCACGGGGCCUAGAGUCCAAAAGGGUCCGCCUUAACUUCCUCCCCAAGAUCAAGAAGAGCGUCAAGACCGAGAAGGAGGGAGGGGAGGAGAAGGUAAAACGAACCAGGUUUCCCAGCAUCCUCGGGCCUCAGCGCCGGCCCAGCCGCGUCGACCCCACGUCCAUCGGCAAGGCCAUGGACCUCAACAAGCCGCGGCCCCAGAAGCAGCUGUCCCAGCCCUGCCUGGGGGCCGUGGAGCACCUGGAGGCGGGUCGCCUGACGGCCAGUCAAUCCAGCGAGGGCUCAGAGCUCACACAUUCCUCCAAUACCAACGCCACCUCGCCAACCAACAGCACCACCAACAGCCACGCCUCUGACGGAGGCAGCAGAGACUCUGAGUUUGUUCUGACCCCUAACUCUGCCUUCCUCAAACUGAGCGAGGGUCUUGGAGACCUGGACAGUCUACAGUACACUCCAAACACACACUUUGACUACAGCCUGAGCCCAUAUAGCCUGGACCAGCUGCAGGAGGAGGACAGGGAGAGCAGAAUCCUUGAAGGAACACCCAAGUCUAUCAGAAGGUUGGAUGGCCUUGUUUCUACGGAGGUGCAGAGUGAAGACGACCAAGGAGGCACGGACUCUGAGCACGACCCCCUCAACUGGCAGCAGCUGGUGGGACGUGAGGUCCUGGCUGGACUCAGGGCCCACGAGAUCAAGAGACAGGAAGUCAUUAACGAGCUGUUCUACACUGAGAGGGCCCACCUGCGGAUGCUCAAAGUGCUGGACAACAUCUUCUACCAGAAGCUCACCAGAGAGGCCAUCCUGCCUCCUGCCGACAUCAAGAACAUCUUCACCAACCUGGGGGACAUUGUUCAACUGCAUGUUUUGAUAUCUGAGCAAAUGGCAGCAAUCCGGAAAAGGAGCGAGACGUCCGUAAUCGACCAAAUAGGAGACGACUUGCUGUCCUGGUUCAGCGGGGGCGAGGAGGAGAAGAUCAAGCAGGCGGUGGGCACGUUCUGCAGCAACCAGCCCUUCGCUCUGGAGCUCAUCAAGAGCAGGCAGAAGAAGGACUCGCGCUUCACCUCCUUCAUGCAGGAGGCUGAGAGUAACCGACUGUGUCGAAGACUCCAACUGAAGGACAUCAUUCCUGUGGAGAUGCAGAGGCUCACCAAGUACCCUCUCCUACUGGAGAACAUCGCCAAGUACACAGAUGACACCGUGGAGAAAGACAAGGUAAAGAAGGCAGGCGACUGCUGCAGGAAGAUUCUUAACCACGUCAACCAAGCGGUGAAGGAGUCUGAAAACAAACAAAGGCUGGAGGACUACCAGAGGCGGCUAGACCUCUCGUCUCUGAAGCAGACGGAGAACCCCAUGAUUACAGAGCUCAAGAACUUGGACCUGACCAAGAAGAAGAUGGUCCACGAGGGACCACUGUCAUGGAAGGUCAACAAGGACAAGACUAUUGAGCUGUACACCCUGCUCCUGGAGGACAUCCUGGUGCUGCUGCAGAAGCAGGACGAGCGGCUCGUCCUCAAGUGCCACAGCAAAAACCUGUCGGGCACCGCCGACACCAAGCACAUCUUCAGCCCCAUCAUCAAGCUCAAUGCGGUGCUGGUGCGCUCUGUGGCCACAGACAACAAGUCGUUCUUUGUUCUCUCAAUGUCGGACAACGGGGCACAGAUCUACGAGCUGAUGGCCCAGACCGUAUCAGAGCAGAGAAUGUGGCAGCGGCAGAUCACCCAGAGAGCGGACGCCAUGAAAGUGAAUCCACACAGCGGCAUCCACUUACCUCAAACAGAUGGAGAGCGAGACGGUGUGGAGAUCAUCGCUGCAGACGUAGCCCGACUCAGUAAGGACCCGGACCGCAUCUCCUCUGGAAGUAGCCAGUCUAUAGAUAAAGAGUGCAGCGCUGCCUCUGGUGGCGUGAUGCAGACCUCUCUCCCAGAUGCCAACCCCUUUGUAGGACUCAAGCCCGAAGAGGAGGAGCCCAGCCGGGAGGAGGGGCCUUACGGGGACCCGGACUUUGCAGAUAGGCUGCCCUUCCGCAUGGCCGUAGAUGGGAUCAGCGAAUCGGACGGGCUAGGCUUCAGUCCUUCUAGGGCUGACGAUGCCUUAAAGACAUUGUCGGCGCUGAAGCAGGUCCUGGUGACCCAGCUCAUGUUGCAGGAGGACGGCGAAGGCGCCGGGCGCUCCUCCUCGAGGGGCGGGCGUCUUCUCAGGACCACGUCCCUGAGGACCCCCGUGGACAGCCGUGCCCGGGUGGCUGUGCAGAAAGGCUCCGGGAUGUGCACCCAGGCCAGCCACCCUGAGGACCCUGCUCAGGACCUGGUGUCUGGGGACACGGGUUUCUUUGAGUCCCCCGAGGAUUAUGCAGGGUACCUGGUCCUGGAGGGCUACGGGGGCUCGGGGGAGAGCAGCACGGACGAUGACCUCCAGGCCACCGGGAAGCAGCUGAGCGCCUCACGGGGCUGCGGGGCAGGAGACUCUGGGAUCAGCCUGAGGUUCUCCUCUGCCUCACAGGCAGGUAGCAUCUCCAGCUUCAGCCGACAGGUCCUGUCCCACCUCCGCAACCUGCAGACCAACCUCAACCACCUCAAGGAGGUAGAGGCCAAGUAUCACAGUCUACUACGCCAGAGGCCGGCCAGGUCAUCGACAGACACGGACAUCAACAAAGAUAAAAGAUAGUUGUGGAACUUCAACCCCUUCCCCUCCCAGGCCCCUGCGUCAGGCCGUAAGGGAGACGGUGAAGAUGGAAGGGUUGAUUUCUUGCCUCCCUGCUGUCUCAUUGACCUGGAUGUCCUCUUAGCUUGUCCACUCAACUGCUGAGUACCCUCUUCCUCCUCCCACCAUGGUUCUCCCCGAGAGACUGAGCAUGAGCGAGAGACAGUUGGAGGAAGGGGGGUGUCUCUGGAUUUCUCCUCCCGCCCUCUCCGUCAGCACAAGGCAAUCAGGGAUGAGGGACUGUCCCAAAUCCAGCCCCCCCACCCCCGCGUGUCCCCACUCCAAUUGCUGUGGGUCGCCCUGUGCCUCCCCUCCCAUUUCUCUCUACUCCUAGUCAUCCCUGCAAGAAAGAGAACUAUACCAAAAUGUACAAAGCCGUGUGUGUAGGAUAUAUAUUAAACACACAAAAAGAAGCGACAAGUGAAAGGAACAUUUUAAGAUAAUGUAUUAUGUUUUUUGUUUUUUUAUCCCAUGAUCUAUUUAUUUUUCUCUCUUGUGUUUUCCCAUGUUGCUUGCUUGUUUUUCCGUGGGCCAUUUCGACCUCCUUUUAGGCUGCUCCACCCAUGUCGGUGGGCACACGAUCCUAUCCUUAACGAACACAGGAAUAAUACGAGUGGGCAUAGAGUUGCACUUUGUGUGGAGCCCCCAUAGGAUGGUGUUUAAGCAGCAUGGCAAUGUCAGGGGCUCUGUCCUGAUCAUCAGUGCAUUUUUACAACUGGCUAAAACUCGUCCCUCCUACUUCUGUUGGUAAUCAUGUCCGGUUUCCCUCCCUGUGCCGCCCAUGCUACUGCUGAUGUGCCAGUGAUCUGACAAUUCUAGCUGAUAAUGUCAUAAAGUUCAAACAGAAACUAUCAAGUUGGAAGAUUAUGCAUAACUUGAAUAAAAAAUGCCAUGACACA